CAAUAUCCAUUUCGUUUUUGUUUUUGCUGUUUUCUUCACUAUUUUUUUUAACGUAACGAAUUAAUUCAUUCAAACGAUAUUUUGAUCUGUGACAUCGGUGCAUAUUUAUUGACGAUUUUUUGAUCAAUCUUCAUCCUUUUUUUCUGGUGAACCACAUAGUAUUGAUUUUUUUUCAAAAUAAUGAUGAAAUUUAUGAUUAUAAUUUCAACAACAAUGGCUGCAAUGGUUAUCGCUGCACCAAAACCACAGGUAUUAUAUUCAAAUACAUUUGGCGGUGCACUUGGUCCAUUAUCUACUGGUCAAUAUCGACCAGUUGCUUAUUAUUCACAAUUACCACCAUUAGCUAAACCGAUUGCCUAUACAGCCGCACCAAAACCGAUUCGUUAUUCAGCACCAUCCGCAGCAUUAGUUGAACAUGAAGAAAAUUAUCCACCACAACCAUUUAGCUAUUCAUAUGAUACUGUUGAUGAAUAUGGUACACAAAUGACUAGACAAGAAUCUGGUGAUGGUGCCGGAACUGUACGUGGUUCAUAUUCAUAUCGUGAUGCUAAUGGUAUGGCACGUAUUGUUAAUUAUAUUGCCGAUCAUAAUGGUUUUCGUGCUGAAAUUCAAACCAAUGAACCAGGUACACAAACAUCGAAUCCAGCCGAUGCGGUUAUUAUUUCAUCGAAUCCAUCUGCUUAUAAACAACAAUAAAUCAAAUCAAUUAUUAAAUUUAUUGAUAU